AUGGCCGAUUCAGCUGACAUCUACAAGCUCAUCACCAACGACGGCAAGGUUUUGGAAAUUUCCAAGCAAGCAGCAGAUCGAUCGGGAAUGCUUGUCGAAUUGCUCAAGAAUUGUCCAAUUGAUGAUGUGAAGAACAUGGAUCCAAUUGUGCUUGCCGAGGUCAACGAAACCAUUGCCAAAAUGGUUAUCAAAUGGUGUGAGGAUCACAAGGAUCUUCCAAUUCUGACGGAUGACAAGUCCAUUACUCCCCCUGAACCCAGCGAAGAAAUCAAGAACAUGGAAAAGGAGCUUCUGCAAGAUUUGGAUGGAAAUGAGCUUUGUGAUCUCUAUCAGGCUUCCAACUGGAUGGAUGUUCGCUGCUUGCGCCUGGAGAUUUCAAAGAUUCUUGCUGCAAUGGUCUCGGGGAAAAAAUACACUGAGAUUCGCACUCUCUGGCAACUCGAGGGUGAUUUUACGGCCGAGGAGGAAGCUAAACUCAGCACGGUGGAUUCCUUGGAGUACUUGACCGAGUUAAUUACAAAGCACGAGGAGAAAGCCACGGAAGACGGGGCGGCAAACCUUGACCCCAUGACUGUCGAUGAA